UGGAGGAGUAUCUGCCGUGCGAGCGCCCCCGACCUCCCGAGCCGCCGCCAUGAAACUGCUCCUGCUGGUCGCCCUUCUGGGCGCCGCUGCCGCCUUCGUCGACCGUGACGAGUGGAACAACUACAAGAUCGCGUUCGGCAAGAAGUACCGCAACGCCAUCGAGGAGCUGCACCGCAUGCGGGUGUACGCCGACAACAAGGCGUUCGUGGCGCGGCACAACGCCGAGUUCGCCGCCGGCCGGCAGACGUUCACCGUGGCGCUGAACCGAUUCGCCGACAUGACCGAGGACGAGGUGAACGCGCUCUACAAGGGCGGCGCCGGCCAGACGAGCCGACCGCACGGCGUGCACCGGCCCUCCGGCCGCCAGGCGCCGGUCAGCAUGGACUGGCGCGACCAGGGCGUCGUCACCUACGUCAAGGACCAGGGCGCGUGCGGCUCGUGCUGGUCGUUCGCCGCCACCGGCGCUCUGGAGUCGGCCUGGGCGCUGGCCGGCGGCGGCCUGCAGGCUCUCAGCGAGCAGCAGCUGGUCGACUGUUCGACCGCCAACAGCGGGUGUAACGGCGGCAUGGCCUACCGCGCCUACUCGUACGUGGAGGACGAGGGCGGCAUCAUGUCCGAGGAGGCGUACCCGUACACGGCCCGCGACGGCAGCUCGUGCCACGCCGACUCCAGCCAGUACGUGGCCUCCGUCACCAGUCACGUGAAUGUGCCGUCCCAUGGUUCGGCCACCAUCCUGCGCGACGCCGUCGCCGACGUCGGCCCGAUCGCCGUCUCCAUCGACGCGUCGCGUCACUCGUUCAACCUGUACAGUGGCGGCGUGUACAACGACCCGAGCUGCAGCUCUUCCUCGCACAACCACGCCGUGCUGGUGGUCGGCUACGGCACCGAGAACGGACACGACUACUGGCUCGUCAAGAACUCGUGGGGUCCCGAGUGGGGCGACAGCGGCUACAUCAAGAUGACCCGCGACGACACCAACCAGUGCGCCAUCGCCAGCAUCCCCGUCUACCCGGUGGUUUAGUCGGUGACAGGGGCCGAAAAACAUCGGUACUGCACUACGUAAAAUGAUGCACACAUAGAAAAGCUGAAGAUAAAUACAUUUUUACGCCAUACGUACCUAUCUCCAGUGUCUCAGCACCAGUAUUCAGUUAUUCAGUAGGGUAGGGUGGGGUAAUUUGAACAUAUUUUUACGUCUUUUCCGUCCUACCAAAUUCCAGCUCACCCCUUAAUGAAGAAAAACUGUUUCAGUUGCGCAAAUGUCACUUCCUUUCACCAUGCAAAUCUCAUUUUUGGAUGAGCCGAGUGUACCUUGGAUAGCAUAGCCUCACUUCUCCACCAAGUCACUGUAUGUUCAAAUUGCCCCACCGUGGGGUAAUUUGAACAUACUGCCUUUACGUGCCAUAAAAACGAUAAUCUCGCCAGCACCGAUGUUGUUUGAUGCAUAAACAAAUUGGCAGAACAAUUCUAAACAUACCUUCAUUUGAAAAAUCAACAAAACAACAAGCAUAACACUUACAGAGUAUCAAUAUCUGCAUGCUGCACACCGGUCAGUUGACAGAAGUCGCCUCUAUUCAGUUAACAGAACGUCUAUCAUUUCCGUUCAAUAAAAACUCUCCCAACCUUACUUCAUCUGUUAUAGUGGUGCCAAUCGGAACCUGGACAUAAGGAGUUCUGAUUUUGUCCAAUGUCCAAUUCGGAAUUGGUUGGACAAAGGUAGCAGACUGGACAACAUUGGACGAUGGCUUACUACACUUCAGCAUUUUUAUGAAGUAAUCGUGCAAGCAUUGAUUGGCGAAUGGGAAGCUUAGUUAAGCUCUCAAUGUAAUGAACACUUUUCAGCUGGUAAAACUACAACAUAAACAAUUUAAAUGACAGCUUUGGAUGCUGAUCAAUACGUAAUUUUCGGACAUAUUUGGACACAUGGCUGACUUAAUUUUUUUUGGACUGAAAUUCAACGAAAAUGCCGGACAUUGGACGGAAAUUAGACACAAAUUUUCUAAAACUGGCAUCACAUAGCUGCUACUGCCUUGUGUCGAACAUAUUGGCAGAAAAAAACUAGGAACGUUGUUUUUUCGGAGUUAUACCUGUCUUUAUUGAAAUCCUCACACUAUGUUCAAAUUACCCCACGCUUAAAGUUAUUUUGCCAUAUUUUAACACAGGUUUCAAAAGCCAAUUUCUUGGGUUGAAGGCACUUAAUAGUUCGUUGUACAACAAAAGCCGUUGCGUAUUAAGUGCUAGCAAUGUAAUAUUUUGCGCUGCAAUGAAGUUGCAAUGACUUGUUGUUGGGCGUUUUUACUUGCGAAAUUGAUUUUUUACAUUGUGCGUCAACAUCUUAAUUCCCUGAAACUUUAAACCCCGUUCAUAUGAUAGCUCUUUUAGUUACGAUAAUUUCCCUAAUUGGUCUUAUUGUCGUGCCACUUAUGGAUUUUCCAUAAUUUUGUGUUAUUCAUACUAUGUUCCAAUUGCCCCACAUGUUCAAAUUACCCCACCCUACCCUAUUCAUGCAUACAUAGGCGGAUCGCCUUGGGCGGAUCUAGAAAAGCAGUUUCGGACGAGCUACUGGGGUCUUAACCCCAAAAAUGUUUUUUUCAAAUUCCAAAGAAAGCUCAGAUUUUAAUUCUUUAUGAAUUGCUAUACCCUUUAAAAAACUUUUUGAAUAAAAGUUGCUUGUUUUUCUUUACAUUCUUUUUGGACAAAUCUUCACCGAUUUUCAAAAUUUGCUAAUUUUCAUUCGAUUUGCAAUUUUUUCGCACGCUGCGAAGUGGCAUUUGCCCCCCCCCCCCCCCCCUGUAUCCGCAAACGCAUGUUUGGUGAAUAGACAAAAAUGUUGAUAUUUCACCCUUUACGAAUAAGAAUGAGCAAUCAUUAACUUAAAAAAAUACACGUUGAAUACCAA